CUUCUGGAGACACCACUUGAUGGCACAGCCAGAGGCAGCAGCAGCCUCUUCCCAUGGAUCCGUCGCGUGUGGCCCCCUCGGGCCCUCUGAAGAAGAGACCCAGGCAGGUGAGAGCCUCGAUGGCCUCCCCUCCUUAUGACAUCAAGUUUCGAGAUUUGGUCCUCUUCAUUUUGGAGAAGAAAAUGGGAACCACCCGCAGAACCUUCCUUAUGGAGCUGGCUCGAAGGAAAGGAUUCAGGGUUGAAAACGAGCUCAGUGAUUCCGUCACCCACAUUGUGGCAGAAAACAACUCUGGUUCAGAGGUUCUUGAGUGGCUUCAGGUACAGAACGUAAGAGCCAGCUCACAGUUAGAACUCCUUGACGUCUCCUGGCUGAUAGAAAGUAUGGGAGCAGGAAACCCAGUGGAGAUUACAGGAAAACACCAGCUUGUAAGUGUGAAAACAGACUAUUCGGCUACCCCCAACCCAGGCUUCCAGAAGACUCCACCACUCCCUGUAAAAAAGAUCUCUCAGUACGCAUGUCAGAGAAGAACCACUUUAAACAACUGUAACAACAUAUUCACGGAUGCCUUUGAGGUAUUGGCUGAAAAUUUUGAGUUUAAAGAAAAUGAAGUCUUUUCUCUGGCAUUUAUGAGAGCAGCUUCUGUACUUAAAUCUCUGCCAUUCACAAUCGUCAGUAUGAAAGACACAGAAGGAAUUCCCUGCCUCGGGGACCAAGUGAAGUGUGUCAUAGAGGAAAUUAUUGAAGAUGGAGAAAGUUCUGAAGUUAAAGCUGUGUUAAAUGAUGAACGAUACCAGUCCUUCAAACUCUUUACUUCUGUAUUUGGAGUGGGAUUGAAGACAUCUGAGAGAUGGUUCAGGAUGGGGUUCAGGUCUCUGAGUAAAAUAAGGUCGGACAAAACCCUGAAAUUCACAAAAAUGCAGAAAGCAGGAUUCCUCUAUUAUGAAGACCUUGUCAGCUGUGUGACCAGGGCAGAAGCAGAGGCAGUCGGUGUGCUGGUUAAAGAGGCCGUCUGGGCAUUUAUGCCUGAUGCCUUCGUCACCAUGACGGGAGGAUUCCGGAGGGGAAAGAAGAUUGGGCAUGAUGUAGACUUUUUAAUUACCAACCCAGAAUCAACAGAGGAUGAAGAGCAACUUUUGCCUAAAGUGAUAAACUUAUGGGAAAGAAAGGGAUUACUUCUAUACUAUGACCUUGUGGAAUCAACGUUUGAAAAGCUCAAGUGUCCGAGCAGGCAAGUGGACGCUUUAGAUCAUUUUCAAAAAUGCUUUCUGAUUUUCAAAUUGCACCAUCAAAAAGUGGACAGUGGCAAGUCCACCCAGCAGGAAGGAAAGACCUGGAAGGCCAUCCGUGUGGACCUGGUCAUGUGCCCCUACGAGAACUAUGCCUUCGCCCUGCUGGGCUGGACUGGCUCCCGGCAGUUUGAGAGAGACAUCCGGCGUUAUGCCACACAUGAGCGGAAGAUGAUGCUGGAUAACCAUGCUUUGUACGACAAGACCAAGAGGAUAUUUCUCAAAGCAGGAAGUGAAGAAGAAAUUUUUGCACAUCUGGGAUUGGAUUACAUCGAACCAUGGGAAAGAAAUGCUUAGGAAAAAGUUGCUGACUUCUUUUCUUCUCCUUUUUUUUUUUCAGGUUAGAUAAUUAUGCUUCAUCUUAUAAUGAAAGAUGCCUUAGGAAAGUUUGGGAUUCUUUAAGUCUUAACUGAAAUGCAGAUUGCUUCUAGAAAUAAAUAGUUUUGGAAACAUGAUCAUGUACCAGCUGGUAAUGGGUUAUGUUCUAAUAGACCAUUUAUAAGACUGUUACUUAGAAGUCACAAUGCAUUUCCCAAAAAAAUGGUGUUGUAAUUGGUGGCUCAUUUCCAGGGAAGCUCAUCAAAGCCUAUUUUGCCCACAGUGUAGCUGAAAUACUGUAUAUUUCCAAUAAAAAUAGGAAAAAACAA